CGAGGCGCGCCGGGGCGGCUGGAGCUGUUCUCUCUCAGGCGGCGCCAUUUUGUGCUAGGAGCUGAGGUAAAACCGGCUCGGGUCUGUGUGGAGUGGGCGGCCGAGCCAGGGUCCCUGGAAUGGCGGAGAUUCUGUCAGGGCUAGGAGAUUCGGGUGCAGGAGGCGCAGCGGCUCUGAGCUCCGCCUCGUCGGAGACCGGGACGCGGCGCCUCAGCGACCUGCGGGUGAUCGAUCUGCGGGCGGAGUUGAGGAAACGGAAUCUGGACUCGAGCGGCAACAAGAGUGUUCUGAUGGAGCGGCUGAAAAAGGCAAUUGAAGAUGAAGGUGGUAAUCCUGAUGAAAUUGAAAUUACCUCUGAAGGAACUAAGAAAACAUCAAAGAGAUCCAGCAAAGGGCGUAAACCAGAGGAAGAGGGUAUAGAAGAUAAUGGUCUGGAGGAAAAUUCUGGGGAUGGACAGGAGGAUGUUGAAACCAGUUUGGAGAACUUGCAGGACAUUGACAUGAUGGAUAUCAGUGUGUUGGAUGAAGCAGAAAUUGAUAACGGAAGUGUUGCAGAUUGUGUAGAGGAUGAUGAUGCUGAUAAUCUCCCAGAGUCACUGUCUGACAGUAGAGAGCUAGUCGAGGGAGAAAUGAAAGAGCUUCCGGAGCAGCUUCAAGAACAUGCUACAGAGAAGGGGGAGACAGUCUUUGGCACACACCCAUGCACCUGCACUUGGCUGCGUGUGCGUACCAUGUCUGGUGACACUUGCAUCAUGGGAAAGAAGAUGGAGGACAAAGAAUCAAUAAACAAUUUAGAUACUUCAUCAUCUGACUUCACUAUAUUACAGGAAAUUGAAGAGCCAUCUUUGGAGCCAGAAAAUGAGAAAAUACUCGACAUUUUGGGGGAAACUUGUAAAUCUGAGCCAGUAAAAGAAGAAGGUUCCGAGCUGGAGCAGCCAUUUGCACAGGAUACAAGUAGCGUGGGGCCAGACAGAAAGCUUGCGGAGGAAGAGGACCUUUUUGACAGCGCUCAUCCGGAGGAGGGUGAUUUAGAUUUGGCCAGCGAGUCAACACAAGCUCAGUCGAGCAAGGCAGACACCCUGUUAGCGGUAGUGAAAAGGGAGCCCGUGGAGCAGACAGGCGAUGGCGAGAGGACGGACUGUGAGCCUGUAGGGCUAGAGAAGCCAGUUGAGCAGAGUAGUGCGGCCUCCGAGGACGCGGCGGCCUGUAGCGAAGAGGUCGCAGAAGCGCCCACGGAAGCCCCAAGCCCAGAAGCCACAGAUAGCAAAGAAGACGUGAAGAAGUUUGAUUUUGAAGCUUGUAAUGAAGUCCCUCCGGCUCCUAAAGAGUCCUCAACCAGUGAGGGCGCUGAUCAGAAAAUGAGUUCUGUCGAAGAUGACUCGGAUACAAAAAGGCUUUCCAAAGAGGAAAAGGGUCGUAGCAGUUGUGGUAGAAAUUUCUGGGUUAGUGGACUUUCUUCUACAACCAGAGCUACAGAUUUGAAGAAUCUUUUCAGCAGAUAUGGGAAGGUGGUGGGCGCCAAGGUUGUGACAAAUGCCCGGAGUCCUGGAGCUCGCUGUUAUGGCUUUGUGACAAUGUCCACAGCAGAAGAGGCGACAAAAUGCAUUAACCACCUACACAAAACAGAGCUCCAUGGGAAGAUGAUCUCAGUGGAAAAAGCAAAAAAUGAACCUGCUGGGAAGAAAACCUCUGACAAGAGAGAUGGUGAGGGGAGGAAGGAGAAGUCGAGCAACAGCGACAGAUCUGCAAACUUUAAGAGGGACGAUAAAGCCGACAGAAAAGAUGAUGCUAAAAAGGCUGAAGAUGGAAGUGGAGAAAAGAGUAAAGACCAAGAUGAUCAGAAACCUGGCCCCUCUGAGCGAUCUCGAGCUACAAAAUCAGGAAGUCGAGGAACCGAGCGGACUGUAGUAAUGGACAAGUCGAAAGGGGUGCCUGUUAUUAGUGUGAAAACAUCUGGAUCCAAAGAGAGAGCUUCCAAAAGCCAGGAUCGCAAAUCGGCCAGCAGAGAGAAGCGGUCUGUUGUGUCCUUUGAUAAGGUCAAAGAGCCUCGGAAGUCAAGAGACUCAGAGUCCCGUAGGGUGCGCGAGCGCAGCGAGUGGGAGCAGCGCAUGCAAGCGCAGUGGGAGCGCGAGGAGCGGGAGCGGCUUGAGAUCGCCCGCGAGAGGCUGGCCUUCCAGCGGCAGCGGCUGGAGCGGGAGCGCAUGGAGCGGGAGCGGCUGGAGCGGGAGCGCAUGCACGUGGAGCAAGAGCGCCGGCGGGAGCAGGAGCGCAUCCACCGUGAGCGGGAGGAGCUGCGGCGUCAGCAGGAGCUGCGCUACGAGCAGGAGCGGCGGCCCGUGGCGCGGCGGCCCUAUGACGUGGAUGGCCGGCGAGACGAUGCCUAUUGGCCAGAAGCCAAGCGGGCUGCACUGGAUGAGCGCUACCACUCUGACUUUACCCGCCAGGAUCGCUUCCAUGACUUUGACCAUAGAGACCGAGGCCGCUACCCAGACAGGAGAGAAGGUUCAAGGUCAAUGAUGGGAGAAAGAGAAGGACAGCAUUACCCUGAACGCCACGGAGGACCAGAGCGUCAUGGCCGAGACUCCCGUGAUGGAUGGGGCAGCUACGGAUCCGACAAGAGGAUGAGCGAAGGCCGGGGGCUGCCUCCUCCUCCCAGGGGCAGACGUGAGUGGGGAGACCACAGCCGAAGAAUAGAGGAUGACCGGACAUGGCAGGGCGCUGCUGAUGGGGGCAUGAUGGACAGGGAUCACAAGAGGUGGCAAGGUGGUGAAAGGAGCAUGUCUGGUCACUCUGGGCCAGGCCACAUGAUGAACCGGGGAGGGAUGUCAGGGCGUGGCAGCUUUACCCCGGGUGGGGCGUCCCGGGGCCACGUGAUCCCUCGUGGUGGAAUGCAAGGCGGGUUUGGAGGACAGAGCCGGGGGAGCAGACCCAGUGACGCCCGUUUCACUCGUCGCUACUAAGUACUCUGAAUCCUGUGUUCCCGUCAUGUGGCAACAAGAAUAUGUUCUGUUAGGAGUUCUCUUAAACUGUGUAAAAAUAAUUUUUUUUAUCUGCUGCCAUAUUGUAGCUCAAUACAAUGUGAAUUUGUUUUUGUUUUUGGUUUUUUUUGGGUGUUUUUUUUUUUUUUGUAAUAAA